AUGCGUUAUAAUAUUCUUGAUACGGCCAAAUCUUCUGCAACAGAAGCACGAAAUUUCUUCAGAAAGCAUUGGGGUGAUAUUAUUGGAACAAUAGAAGAAUUUUUAACGUCUAGCCCCGAUGCAACAUCAUUAGCUCCAGAAUCUGCUUCCGCUUUAACUUCGAUUGACCAGGACAUAGAACAAGACGGAAGGGCAGAUGAUGUCAAACAAUAUAUAAAAAGUAUAUUGAAAAAUGUGAAUAUCGCGGAAAAAUUACGUGAUGUAAUCAGAAUAGAGUGUGAAAAGCUACGGGAAAAUGGAAAUACAAUAUGGAGGAAACGGGUUUUAGAUUUGAUGGAAAUAUUGCAAGUAUCCUGCGUACUUCAUAUACUGGGUGAAUCAACCUUGCAAUGCUCUGCUGAUCAGCUGAACCAAUCAUUAAGAGAUGAUGAUCGACGGUGUACCGGAAAUAAAAUUGACGCAAUUAUAUCAAUGGUGGAUUUUGAUUUGGAGGUGUCAACUUUGGAAGUUUCAGGAUCUCCAUCAUGUCCUGACCAUACCCACUAUGUUGGGGAUAGAAAUAAAACUGCCAAGAUGCUAAAGAUCAUACUGAACUUUAUUAAAGUCAACUAUCCAGGCAAUUUCGAAGAGUUUAAAAGAAUAAAAGUAUACGGCGUUCAAAUAUAUAAUCAUGACUUUUAUAUUUACAGCAUGUGUAUGCCCUUUGCUGGUGUAUAUUAUUUUGAACUCAAAAAAAAGUUCUCUUAUUCAACAAUACCAGCUUUGCUCUUCAAAGAGUUACCAAAGUUCGCCUCAAACUUGUGGACGAUGCGAGAUAUGAUUAUUUCGAGUACUAAGAGUAUAAUGUCUUAUAUUACAAAUCCUAUUUCCGAAUCAAGUGAUGAUGAUUCUAAGAUCGAAUAA